AUGCGAUCAUCUAUAGCCCUCCUCGCCGCGACGGCAGGUACAACACUGGCGUCCAGCAACAACUACACAGAAUGGAUGGCUUCAUCUUGGUUGUCCAAAUCGGUGCCCGUAUCCCGGAACUACGCUUACGGUGUACUCUAUCGUGGCAUUGAACUCGCUCACAACAAAACCAACAACGCCGAAUAUCUAGACUUCAUUGAGUCUCAACUCUCGGGCGUCGUGAGCGAUUCAGGCGAAUUGAUCGACUAUAACCUCACCGACAAAAUCUCCCUUGACGAUCUACGGAUCGGUACAAACUUCCUGGCUGCUUGGGCCGCCACUGGUCAGGAGAAGUUCAAGCUAGGAGCCGAUACUCUCCGCCGACAGAUUGAUAUAACGCCCCGCAAUGAGGGAGGUGGGCUAUGGCAUCGUGAUCCUACCUAUCCCAACCAGAUGUGGCUGGAUGGGAUUUACAUGUCGACUAAUUUCUACGCGCUGUACACUGCAUGGUUCGAUGCAGAUAACAGCACUGCGUGGGAUGAUAUUAUGCUCCAGUUUGACUUGAUCGAGGAGCAUUGCUUGCGUGAGGAUGGGCUGCUUGUCCAUGGAUUUGAUUACAGUAAAGCUGCUGUUUGGGCUGAUCCUGAAACAGGUGCUGCUCCACUCGUCUGGAAUCGCGCCCUGGGCUGGUAUUUCAUGUCCCUUCUGGAUAUCCUGGAUUACUUUCCCAAAUCCCACCCAGGCUGGGAGACCAACUUGAGCCGAUUCCAGAAACUAGCGCAAGCGCUUAAACAAGCUCAGGAUGAAAGUGGUGGGUGGUAUUUGAUCAUGAACGAUCAAUACCCGAGCGACCCCAGGAACUACAUUGAGAGUAGUGGGUCUGCCAUGUUCACAUAUGGAUUCUUAAAGGGUAUUCGGAACGGAUUCCUAGAGGAAAGUGAAUAUUCUCAGGUGGCCGACAAGGGGUAUAAGCUGCUUGUCGACAGGUUCGUGAGUAAAAAUGACAACGGGACGUUGAACUGGGAGGGAACGGUGGAGGUGGGAAGUCUAAGCAGCAACGGGAGCUUCGAGGUAAGCCCUGAUGUUUACUGA